AAUGGAUACGUGGUAUGCAACAAUAACAGUUGUCCCAACACCGAUGGCUGUCAUCUCCUGGUUGCCAAAUCGAAAGACGAAUGCUGCGAAAAGUGCCAAGGUUGUUACUUCAAUGGCACAUACCAUGCGAGCGGCACCGAAUGGACGGAUCCGGAGUCGCCCUGUGUGGUGAUGAGAUGCGAAGCGGGCGUCGUUACGCAAUCCAAUCUUCAGUGCUACGUGCCGUGCGACAAUCCGCUGCCUCCAGCCAAAGGAAAAUGCUGCUCGACUUGUCCAGAUUGCAGAAUCAAUGGGCAGAUCGCAACUGACGAUAGGGACGUGACUUCCGAUGAUCCUUGUGUGAAGUGUCGUUGCAGCGGCGGAAAGAUGACCUGCUCGAAGAAGGCCUGUCCGGUUCUUCAGUGCGUCAAGGAUGAGCAGGAGCCAGGGGAAUGUUGUCCCAGGUGCAGAGGUGUUAAGAGCCAUUAUCAGUCUUCGCACUUCUGCGUUCUAGCUAAAAAGAUGUACAAGGAGGGCGACUACAAGAAGAUCGAUCGAUGCACCGAGUGCAACUGCAUCAAUCAGACUUCCAUCUGCGUCAGGCAGAGUUGUCCCAUCCUCAAUUGCACUGCAGAUAUGCAGAAGAAACGGCCGGAUAGUUGCUGCUACGAAUGCAUGAUUCCGGAGACCUUCGAGUGGACCACGAAGUGUGUCAUCAAUGGAAACGUCUACCAGAACGGUCAAUCGUGGCGUCUUGAUGCGUGUAGUUCUUGCAAAUGCAACAACGGAAUGCCCAGUUGCGCGAGGACAAGAUGCAAUGUGACGGAGCCGUGUCCAUACGGAACUCAUUUGGUGCACGCGAAAGGAGAUUGCUGUCCGAAGUGUCAAGAGAAAGAAGGAGUGUGCAGGGCUUUCGGAGAUCCUCACUACAAAUCGUUCGAUGGUAAAAUCUUCACGUUUCGGGGAUUGGGAAAGUACCAGUUGACGUCGGAUUGCCAGAACCACACGUUUUCGAUUCGAGUUACGAACGAUUUCAGCAGUACGAACAGGAGUUCGACGUUGACGAAGAGGGUUCGCAUCAAGUACGGAAAGACUAGGAUCAAUUUGGGUCAGAAGUAUAGGAUCAGAUUGGACGGGUAUUCGGUUUCGACGCCGUACAAAGGAAGCGGCGUUCUCAUCGAGAAGGAGCAGUACCAUCUCGUGGUGACUCUCAGCAAUGAUGUUAAGAUCCUGUGGAACGGUCAGAGCUUCCUCGAGGUUACGGUGCCCACCGUAUUCAAAUCGAAGCUGUGCGGGCUUUGCGGCAACUUCAAUUUGAACGUGCAGGACGACCUCAAGAUGAGGAAGGGCGGUGUCACCAAGGACGUGUCGCAGUUCGGGCACUCGUGGUGCGUCGGCAAGGAUUGCACGAGGAUGCAAAAGAAGUCUUUACAGAUGAGGUCGUGCCGAGGACGUUCGCACGAACGUAACUCUUGCGAACUGUUGAAGACGAGCAGGACCUUCAACGGAUGCGUUUCCAAGCUGAACUACGUCAAGUAUCAUGAGGCGUGCAUGAUGGACAUGUGCGACUGUCCUAAUGACAGGUGCUACUGUGACAGUUUGAUGGCGUACGCCCAGGAAUGUCAGAGGUUGGGCGUCGAUGUUUCCGGUUGGCAUAGGAACAGUCAUUGCGUCGGUAGCGCGACGACGUCGCUGACGCCGAGCGUCCACCACAAACAUCCGAAACCUAAGAUGCCAAAAUACAAUAAGGCCGCGAUACUCAAGCUCCAGAGGCUCUCCAAUACCAAGAAGAAGGGACAGGAACCGCCCAUCAACUGAUCGAAUCCCACCGAAACUAGGUUGUUUGCAUUGAACUAGUCAUUGACAGUAUUUUGUUUAAUUAAUAUUAUUAUUAAUUAUAAUUAUUAUUUUUUUUGCUCUUGAUAAUAACAAUAACGUUAUAUAUAUGCCAUUGCCUCACAAUAGCACGAAACUACAGUAUCCCAGGUAUAGAGAACAAAAGCCGAGCAUCCGAGAAAGAAGCAGAGAACGUACACUUAACUACUUCUAUCAUUAUUUUUUUUAAUUAUUAUUUUAUACUUAACAAUCUGAACCAAAGACAAUAUUUGUUUUUUUUUUAUUAAUUAUUAUUAUUAUUAUUAUAUUUUUUUUAUACUUACACGAGAAGAGAAAAGGAACAUAAUCAUAUUAUUAUUUUUUGUACAUAGUAGUUAACAAUUAAUAACGAGAUCUCCCCCUUUUUUUUUAACUAUUAAUUAAUCACACAUGGAUCACACACAAUUCCCAUUAGAGUUGGCUACCAUCAUUUGAAAAUUCUUUCAUUUAGAGAAGGACAAAAGAACAACGAAAUUCGAAUAACGGUAGAGAACUGUUCAAAGAAAGAUACGAAAUAGAGAGAUACAAACGGAUCCAAAAAAGAUGAAAAUAAGUUCCUCCAGCUUCAAGAGACGCCAACGACUAUUAUUUGAAUAUUAUAUAAUAAUUAUUAUUUGUUUGUUUGUUUCUAUGAUUACAUUUUUUUUUU